AUGUCAGAGGGCAGGAAGUUGAAGAUGUUAAUUAAGCAUCGCAGACUGAAAUUUGAUCAACAAUUAAUGAAACUGGAAUUGAUAUUUGGAUUUGAACGGUACAGAUUGGAUGUCGGAUCGUUUCUAAUGUUACCACCAAGUUGGAUGAGAUCUCGGACGAGAUGUUUUGAAUUUCCACGGCUAUUUGAUCCAUUCACGCCUUAUGCUCGAUCCAAUGAAUGA